GCAGACGGUGUGCCGCUGGGGCCGGCACAGCGAGCAGGUGCAGACGGAGACCCUGUGGGCUGCGUGGCCCUGCGCGACAAGGACCCGGGCAGCUACGUGGUGGCCGCGGGCACCCGCGUGGGGCUGCUCGACUGGGACUCGCAGGACGUGCAGUGCGUGGCACAGCUGGACGGACAGACGCCUGGCAUCCGGGUCAAUGACGGCAAGGUGGACCCCGCUGGGCGCUUCAUGAUAGGCACCAUGCCGGAGCCCCUGGCCCCAGGGGUGUGGGAACCUGCGCAGGGCGCCCUCUACUCGCUCCAUGGGGAUCACGCGGUGCGGAAGCUCGCUGACCGGCUGGGCAUCUCCAACGGGCUGGACUGGUCACCUGACCAGCGCAUGUUCUACCACGUGGACAGCCUGGACUACGCCGUGUAUGUGUAUGACUAUGACGUGCAGGCGGACCAUCGCACGGGACCCACGGGGAGGGGGUACAGGGUCGACUCUUGUCCCCAUGUCCCUUCUCCCCAGUGUCCCCUAGAGCCCCUCUCCUCACUUCUCCCUCCCGGACCGUCCAUGCGUGUCCAUUUUCCCGCACGUCAGUGUCCCGUGAUACUCCCCCCCAGUGUGUCCCAUGUCCUCACAUGUCCCCAUGUCCCGUGUCACUUCUGUCCCCAUGUGUCACGUGCCCCCCCCAGCGCCCACACGUGUCCGUGUCUCAUGUCCUCAGAGAACCGCCAGCUCCUGCUCCAGCUGCCACGGGGCGGGGCGAUGCCCGACGGGCUGUGCGUGGACAGCGCAGGGUCGCUGUGGGUGGCGUGCAUCGAUGGGGGUCGCGUGAUCCGCGUGGAUCCGCACACGGGGUCACGCGUGGGAACCCUGGAAUUCCCCGUGUCCCGAGUCACUUCCUGCUGCUUCGGUGGCGCUGACUACGCGGAUCUCUUUGUGACGUCAGCGGCGGACGGGCUGAGCGCGGAGCAGCUGCGGGGGGGGGGGGGGCCCCCCCGCAGGCAGGUCACGUGUUCAAGGUGGGAGUGUGUGGGGUCACGUGUCCAAAGUAGGGGCCGUGGGAGAGGGGCUGUGUCCCAGCAUGUCCCACGGCCGUGGGGGGUGGGUCACAAGCUGUGGGAAUCUCCCUCAUGACGUCAGGCCCUGCCCCUCCCCCAAGUCUCCGGCCUGGGCGUUCACGGAUGCGCGUGUUUCCCCUUCAUAGGCUGAGGCCAAGUCCUGUCCAGGUGGCCCCCGUGACCCCCGUGACCCCUGCGAACCCCCGUGACUCCCAUGUCCCC